CCAGAAUUCCUGUGUGCACUCACCAGGGAUAGUCGCGUGUGGAGGUUCGUAUGUGCUGUCUAACGGGGCUGUCAAAUGGAUAUUGUUCUUUCAGCAAGUUAAUACUUCAACGCUGCACUGAGUCCGAAAAAGAUUUGAGAAUGGGGUCUCGAAUCAAGGACAAGCCUAAGAAGAUCUUUGAGGCUUACAUGGAGGUGAUCUAUUCUGAGACAAAAGGGCCAGAGAGGUGUUGGCUUUUCCCCGAGGACUAUACUGACCAGGAAACUUUGCAGAUUGUGCCUAAGUUUUGUUUCCCUUUCAGGAUGGACAGUGUGGCAGUGAGACAGGUGGGGAAAAACUUCACAUUUGUCCUGACUGAUGUUGAGAGUAAGCAGCGCUUUGGCUUUUGCCAACUAUCGGAUGGAGCUCAGAGCUGCUACUGCUUUCUCAGUUAUCUGCCAUGGUUUGAAGUGUUCUACAAACUGCUGAAUAUGCUGGCUAACUACACUAAUAAAGGACAGGAGAGUUUAAAGAAGGAAUCGUUGGAGUCUCUACAUGCUUUGCCCAUUCCUGACCCUGGAAUGUCUGUAUACCUGAAUAUGCAGACCUGUUUCACUGUGCCUGAUCUAAGGGAAUUGCCAAGUAUUCCUGAAAAUAGAAACCUGACAGAGUAUUUUGUAGCAGUAGAUGUAAACAACAUGCUCCAUCUGUACGCAAGUAUGCUGUAUGAACGAAGAGUCCUAAUCAGCUCCAGCAACCUGAGCACUUUAACAGCAUGUGUCCAUGGUGCGGCAGCCACGUUGUAUCCCAUGUACUGGCAGCACGUUUACAUCCCAGUGCUCCCACAGCAUCUACUAGACUACUGCUGUGCUCCUAUGCCGUACCUUAUAGGAGUCCACUCCAGCCUGAUGGAGAAGGUGCGGGUAAUGGCUCUGGAUGAUGUUGUAAUUCUAAAUGUGGAUAGUAAUACACUAGAGACUCCAUUUGAUGAUCUACAGAACCUUCCUAAUGAUGUGGUGUCAACUCUAAAGAAUCGUCUGAAAAAAGUUUCCACUACAAUGGGAAAUGGGGCAGCACGAGCGUUUUUGAAAUCACAGGCAGCUCUGUUUGGCAGCUAUAGGAGCGCUCUACGGAUAGAACCGGAUGAGCCAAUUACAUUCAACGAGGAUGCAUUCAUCACACACAGAUCCAACACAAUGAGACAGUUUCUCCAGAAUGCCACGCAGCUUCAGCUCUUCAAACAAUUUAUAGAUGGACGCUUGGAACUGCUGAACUCUGGUGAAGGCUUCAAUGAUGUGUUUGAGGAGGAGAUUAAUAUGGGAGAAUAUGCUGGUAGUGAUAAAGUGUACCAUCAGUGGCUUCUCACAUUUAAGAAAGGGGGCGGGGCCAUCUUUAACACUGUGAAAACAAAAGCAAACCCUGCUAUGAAAACUGUCUACAAGUUUGCAAAGGACCAUGCCAAGAUGGGCAUCAAAGAAGUGAGGAGUCGUCUUAAGCAAAAGGAGAUGGCAGAGAACAGCCACUCCAGCAGCAGAGAUGACUCUACCUCCACCUGGGAACAGAGACGACCAAUUACAGUGCACCUUGGACAGUCUUACCAUCCCUGGGCGCUAGCAGCAAAAAGACCACGCAGCAACUUGGAACUUGAGAGCAGUCAUGAACAUGAUUCUAGCUUUAUGCACCCUACACGUCACUACACUGUGUUUCUGUGUGAGGACUCUUCUGGUGAUGAGCUGUCGCAGGACGAUGACUUCAUCUCUGCUUUUCCUGAUCACUUCCUUCUCUCCACACCCUUUCAAUGGUCUCAAUCUUAUCAGUCUCUGAAGGACACAGAGCUUGUGGAAAAGAAAGAGGAAGCGGGGACAACGUGUUUCCAGGGAAGACCAACCAUGCAUGGGCCAAUACAUACUAAGUUAUCUGAGCUGAGUCUUUUAGAUGAUUCUUUCAGCAACCAGCAGGAGAAGCCUACAUAUGCCUUACAUACGAUAACCACAGACACCGUGCUCGACUCAGGACAGAGCCUAGAGGAACCAAGUCCGGUCUGCAAGCCGAUUGAACAGCAUGGCAACUUCAGCCACCAGCACACGGAGCUCAGUGGUGAUGAAAAUACUCAGACACUACUGGGCCUGAAGCACACCAGUUACAACAGAUUUUGGAGGCAGAAGUUACCAGACACUGUAGCCUUUUCCAGCCAAGAUUUGUCCUCCUUUAAUACGCCAUUGUCUGUGCUACCACUGGAGCCCUGCACUCCCAGCAACGAUAGAGCUUCCCCUGGUCCAGAGAUGAUGGAGGAAAGGAGUAUAACAAUUCCUCGCCCACAAGCACAGAAAAAAUUAAGAGAACCAGGAGCUGUGCUUUCACCAACAGUGACUUUGCUGAAAGGUCUGAGACAGGAUGAAAAAGAGGGGGCAGAAAGUGUGAAAAGGCAGGUGAUUCACCAGACCCUCAAUACACCCCCACUGACACAGUCUCAACCACCCAGCACAGAUCCAGGGCCUGACCUGCUCCACCUGCUAGACCCUCUAAGUGGAGGAGAAGAACCCUAUGAACCAUCACGUCCCCCGCGGCCUGCUUUGACUCCACUUCAAGGCCAGCGUUCUCUUAACCCCUUCACACAGGUCCCCCACUACUUCCUCCAAAAAUACUAUAACCCUGUGCCUCCAGACAACACCUUCAGCACUGCUUACUUGUCACCACAAACUACUGCCUAUUUCCAUACCCCACCUGUCUUUAUGUUUAGUCAGGCUUCCCCUGUGGGUGGAGCCACGAUGAAUGGGGCAUGGCCUGUAGACAGAGCCUCACCAGCCUCCAGCAGUAGCACCUCUCUAUACAGUCUGAUUGAUUCUCCAGCCCCAUCCUGUCUAUCCCAGGUUCUACCCCCCACCCACCUGGCAGACAAACCUAAUGACCCUUUCAGUGACCUUCUCACCAUGGCAACAUCAUCCACUGUUAUAACCACACAAACAAAAAGGAAAAUGGAAGAUUUGCAUAGAAAAUGGGAGACUUUUGACUAACCUACCUGACUUGUCUCUGAACCAAUAAAGAUCUAUUAUAUUUAAACAGACAAUGUAUAACUCCUCCAGGUUAAAGAUUCAGUUCAUACCCUUACACUAAAGGUUAAGAUAGCACAGUUACACAGGAAACAGGUGUUUCAUUAUGGGUGGUUGCUAUAUCAACCACAUCCUCCAGCCUGGACACUAAUAUUACUUGUUGAUGCUUGUUUUUUCCCUGCUUCAGCGCAGUGCCACAUUUGAAGUGCACACAAGUUUAUGUACUGAUUUGAAUGAUUGCAUGAGUAGUCAUUUGAAAUAAGUGAUUACACACACUGUAGAUUAAACAGCUAAAACAUAAAA